AUGUCUCUCAAACGUACACCUCCACACACUCCUGCGACGAUGUCCCCUGCACCCCCGGCCCCCGCGCGGAAGCCCGCAGCCUCGGCUGCCGCGCCCGCCCUGCCUACGACGUCACAACAGCUAAGUGCGGAAGCGGACGCAGCACUGGAUACUGUCACCAUGCGCAAUGUAAGCAAGCGUAAAUUUCAAUCAGACCAGGAGAUAGUAAUGCGCGAAUUUAUGUCAGAGAUGAGAACUAUGUUCAAUAAUUUUACUGAUUCACAAAACCAAAAACUUUCCUCAAUACAAAACUCUGUGACGGUUAUUAAAGAGCAAAAUGACGAAAUUGUCAAGUCGCUAGACUUUUUGAGCCAGAAGUACGACGAAAUGCGGGAAGAAAUAGACAGUUUUAGAAAAGAACAAAAGGAAAGCCGAAAUUACAUUGACACACUUGAAAGAAAAAUUGAACAAUUAGAACGGAAAUCAAAAUCAAAUGAAGUGGAAAUACGAAACAUACCAAAACCAACUGGCCUGGAAACAACUCAAGAUUUACGAAAAUCUUUUCAAAACAUCUGCUCUGCGAUUGGCGUGAACAUAGGCGAUGGAGAAAUAAAGGCAUUAUACAGAAUUAAUACGAAAAUAGAAAUAAACAAGCCAAUUAUUGUUGACUUUGUUAGCAGCACAUGUAAAGAGAGACUUUUAUCUGGAUUAAAGUCAUAUAAUGCCCAGUACUCGUCCAAUAAGCUAAAUACAAAGCAUCUGCAUAUAAGUGGUCCGGAACGUCGUAUCUUCAUCUCGGAAUCACUCACCUUUAAGGCGAAGAAGCUUUUCCGCAUGGCAAGAGACUUUGCUACUGAAAAUAAAUACCAGUAUUGUUGGACAUCGCAUGGAACCGUGUACCUGAGACAAAGGGAAGGAUUAAGGGCGCUAAAAAUUACUUCUGAAGAGGACUUACCAGUACCGGAGUCGUCAUCCAAAUGA